UGGAGGUCACGGUUACCAAUAAAAAGGCGGCUUGCAGGCGCCUUCCACGCCAUUGGUCGACGCGCGUUUGUUGUACUUUUUUUGAAUUUAAACGUGGAAGCGAGAGCAAAUGGCCACGGACAGCGAACGCAUUGACGCUGCUCGACCUUCGUUGGGCAACUUUUAGUUAACGAUGCAGGGCGGGCGAAUGCUGCGGACGUACGGACGUCGUCGGGGCGAUGUUUAUGAGUCCGAUCGCAUGUGGAUCUCAACCCCGCACCAUCUGUUCGGAUUCUCACCCGAGGACAAGAAUGAAGACAUGGAGGAAGAUGGCUCUGACGGCAGCAGGAGAGGCGUCGGUACGAGAUACAUGGGCCACACGAUGCCGCGACUGGCAGCCGAAUGUGAGGAGUCGAAUUGCGGCGACAGGAACGGCACAGGGGAAAAGAAGCGUAAAAGACAGCGCAAAGCCAAGGAAUCUGCCCUACUCAAACUCAAAGCCUGUUUUGAGGAGACCCCUAUGAAAACGCCCAAGUUGACUGGCGGAGGGAAGAAAACUAACGAAAGCCCCUGGGUGCCAGACAGAGCAAUGGAUGUUGCUUCGGAAGAAAAAACUAUUAUUCGCAGAAAGCGAAUGGCGGCUAAAGAAAAAUCGAAAGUCAAAUAUUCUGAAGACGAUAACAAGCAACUCAAAGGGACUCUUGCUUCCUCACGAAAGAAUGGCAAUGAUGAUGCAUUUCGCAAUCGCAUUAGGUUAACAUUCAACGACGACUCCCUGUAUUCAACGGAAGAGACAUCCGAUAUCUCAGUUAGUGGUGGCCAAGGAAGCGAGAGCUCGAUGUCCUUGCAAGAGAAUUCCAUUAAAGACGCGCACAAGUUCGAUUCCGCUGUCGGGGAAAUGCGAGGAAGUGACACGGGCCAUGACGUAAAGUCUGCUGAUGGGAAUGCGUCAUUUCUGUUGGAAAACGCAUGCAACAAAUUACCUUUCAAUAGGUUUGUGACUGUAACGAGAAAACAAAAAAUAAGCACUUUGAGCGAUUUGGAGGACGUAUUUAAUGCCGAAGCUUCGACUGGAUCAGUUGAAAGUGUGCCAAAGCAGUUAGCUGUGUUUGCAAGCACACCAAAACAUAAGUUUUCCAUCUCGAUAGCUACCUCAGGUACGGCUAGCCGUAUGGGUAAUUUGGAUUUUUCUCAAGUAAAUUUAGCCAACAAACAAAUGAGGCUCCGCAACUGUAAAGUGUUCUUGGAAGACUUUGUACUUCAUCACGAUAUUCAUAGCUUUCUACAGAAAAAUAGAGUUAGGGUCAGUUCAAAGAUUUUGCACAAACUCAAGAGAAGUGGCCAUUUAAACGGUUCGUUUGUGCAAGUGUGCACAGAUUGUCUCGAAGCAGGUCACCUCACAGCAAUGGACAAGAUAGCCUCCGCAGGCGAUGGAGUUCCCGUUGACUUGGCCGCCAGUGUGUGCAGCGACAAUGCAGAGCGUUUGUUGGGCAACAAUGACUCUUCUCAUCACAUGGACCACAACAGUACCAUCAUGACAGAAACACUUGACGCAUCCAGAACGGAGACCCCUGAAGUUCAGCACGACGGGUCCUCCCUGUGUGAUAACAGCAGCCUGUUUAACAUUGGUCAGACGCCCAAGUUAGCCAACAACUUGGGGAGGGAUCAUCCCUCUGCAACACUUGACACAUCCAGAACGGAAACCCCUGAAGUUCAGCACGACGGGUCCUCUUUGUGUGAUAACAGCAGCCUGUUUAACAUUGGUCAGACGCCCAAGUUGGCCAACAACUUGGGGAGGGAUGAUCCCUCUGCAACACUUGACACAUCCAGAACGGAGACCCCUGAAGUUCAGCACGACGGGUCCUCCCUGUGUGAUAACAGCAGCCUGUUUUACAUUGGUCAGACGCCCAAGUUAGCCAACACCUUGGGGAAGGAUGAUUCCUCUGCAACACUUGACACAUCCAGAACGGAGACCUCUGAAGUAGAGCACGACGGGUCCUCCCUGUGUGAUAGCAGCCUGUUUUGCAUUGGUCAGACGCCCAAGUUAGCCAACAACUUGGGGAAGGAUGAUUCCUCUGCUCCGAUGUCCAACGGCAAGAAAUGGUCGCGCAUGAAAUCGGUGCUUGGUCGACGCAACUCCGUUUUGUUCACGCCAGAGUCUCCGCCAAACAAGCACGCAGCGUUGGUCCGGCGGUCGGAGUUUAGCACUGCGAUACCACUGCCCUCCCUGGUGACCACUUGCGCCACUGGCAGUCCCAACACUGAGGCGUGUGCUCAAGGGCUGCAGCUCAUGGAUAUGGACGACAACAUUGGUGGAUACAAUGCGUUUCUAAGCCCGAUGCUUUACAACGAUUCCAUCCAGGAUACAGAGGCAGGGUUGGCGGAGGAGAACAUUUACCGAGAAUGCAAGCAGAUGGGCCCUUUGGCCUUCUCGCAGUGGCUGCUGUCGCUUGAGGGGGGCAGCUGCAUCAAGGUUGGGGAGGGGGUUUACGGAGAGGUGUUCCGCAUGUGCAGCGGUCGCGACAAAGUCUCCGUCUUCAAGGUGGUUCCUAUCGAGGGCAGUGUAUUGGUGAAUGAAGAACCCCAGAAGUCUUUUGAGGAAAUCCUUCCCGAAAUCAUGAUCUGCAAGCAAUUGAGCAGCCUACAUGAAGGGGAGCAUCACCAAUCUGAAAACUUCAUCAAGCUGAAUGGUCUGCGCUGCCUGCAGGGAUCUUACCCGGACCGUCUGUUGGAAGCGUGGAAUGAAUUCCAUGAGAACAAAUUAUCUGACAACGACUGCCCUAACUUCUUUACAGAUUCCCAACUCUUUAUCGUAUUUGAGUUUGAGGAUGGGGGCACCAGCUUGGAGACCUAUCAGUUCUCGUCGAUGCUGCAGAUGGUCGCCGUGCUGUACCAGGUGCUGGUCGCCCUGGCUGUGGCUGAGGAGGCCAUAUGCUUUGAGCACAGGGACCUGCACUGGGGCAACGUUCUGGUGAAGCAGACCAAGAAGAAGAAGCUGAGCUACCGGCUGUUCGGCCAAACGUUCAGCAUGCCCACGCACGGCGUGCAGGCUAAAAUCAUCGAUUACACGCUGUCCCGCAUGGAACACGAUGGAAUGAUAAAGUUCACCAACAUGGCAUUGGACGAGAUGCUUUUCCAGGGUCAGGGCGACUAUCAGUACGACAUUUACCGCAUGAUGCGCAAUGAAAACAAUAACAACUGGGCAGCCUACGCCCCACACACCAACGUACUGUGGCUGCACUACCUGGCCGGCAAGAUGCUGCACGGAGUAAACUGCCGUCGGAGGCGCCACGUGUCACCACGCAGCCGCCUCGAGCGCUUUGCGCGGGAGGCGCUGGCAUUCCCAUCGGCCACCGAGCUCGUGAGGAGUGGGCCCAGCCUCCUCGUGUCUCACCCCCACCGAGUUGACGGAAAGGAGGUUUCUUUUUUAAGUCCUUGACGGUGUCGUAGUUAUGCGUUUUAUUCAUAACGGCGCCUUGGAAACGUGUGCGAAACAAAUGUGGGGUAACUCUCCUUUAGUAACAGCAUGUUUAUCUCAUAGUUCCACGCUUAGAAUUGAAUGCAAUUCCGAACAGGAUUUGGAUUAUCAGAAUUGUGGGUGGUCGGGUUGCAUGAAGCCCUGGUUGUGCCAAAGGGGGAAGACGUGGGGUCCUGACCGUCUUGGUGGAAAUCACCAUUGAAACAGCUGAUUUUUGUCAACUGGAUGUCUGUAAUAUACCCACAAUACUAGCCUCCACGAGGAUGCAUUAUUUUAGACUAUUUUUAUAUAAAUGUUAUGCUUAUUUCAUAUUAUUGCACAGACCAACAUGUCACAGGGAGGAUCAGCAGACAUGGAACGUGAUGGACAAAACAUGACAAAAAAAUCAGCUUAAAUGGACAAAAUGUAGAGGUCAGAUGAGACCAUAGAAAAAGGCAGUGCAGGAGAAACCGACAACACUGGCAUCGCUCGACUUACAAAAGGGGAGAUGCGUUCUUGAAAAAUGCACGCGUAAAACGAAAGUUCGUAAAAUCACAAUGACUUUUCCAAUUAAUUUAAUACGAAAUAUUUGGAUGUUUUGUACAGUAAUUCCAACUCUCUACGCCCUAACCUAAAAAUAUACACCGACAUCGCUCUUCGUAAUGCAAUAGUAAUAACGAACAUGAAUAUUAAAGCGAUUGAAUAAUUGUAAAAAAAAUGAUUAACCUUUUCUGGGAAUUCACCAAAAGAUCUUUGUUGCAAUGACUGGAAAGGUGACGUGGAAGCGCUUUAGUUGCACUGCAGGGAUACUGUGAGGCUGUCGUGGAUGGAUGACGCAGCCUCCUAGAUGGUUCUUGUUUUAUCCCAUGUGAAAUUUUUAUAACGCGGAAAUUUUAUUUUGUUAAUCGAAAAGUGUCUAAUUUGUCAAUUGUGUUGACGCGAAAUAUAGCUUGCCGAGCUUUCGUAAAUCAAGAGUUGUCUGUAGAGUAAAAAACGAACAGCACAAGAUGGUAUUAGUGCCAGCAUGUAGAAGUGAGCACUCAUCAGCCACAUCACGAGAAGGAAUGAUGGACUGGUGAUGCAUCCGAGAGGACAAUCGCUGUGGAGAUAUAGCACGGGUGAUAGUUCGUGCGCGGCAGCAAGAUGAACCGUAAAAAUGUAGAAUCAAUGGGGAUGGCCUUAGAGAAGCCUUUCUGGCAUUGAUUAUGUAUGAAUGUAUGUAUGAGAGAUGAGAUAAUUAAUGUGCAGGUGUGUGAAACUUGUGGCAUCAAAGGGGGGUUAAUCAAGGGCAUUAAAUCUCUGUCGUGAUCACCUCAGUGCACUACCAUCCCUAAUGAGGUCAAUAAAAAUAGCUCAACUUAAGAGUACCACCACGGUGUUUCACAUGUCCGUACUCAUUAUUUUCGCCCCCAGCGUUGCCUUUGCAGAGAAAUCCAGAGCUGCAUCAGAUGCAAGGCGGAUGACCAAAUUGCAGAGGGCAUCCAGUGUCUUCUAUUUGUUUUUUUUUACUUAAUUUUAAUU